GUGAAGUUUGAGAGCUAUUCCACAAACAGACCACUCCCACCUUACCAUGCCUUUGUCCUUCAGUUCAUCUCGCCUUUUCCCCUUCUCCUUAAUUUCUUUGAUCCUCCCCGUCCUCCUCCUGUCUUUCUCCAUCCCUUCUCAAGCUGACUCCCAAGAUGUAGCCCAGUCUACCUCCAACUGUUCUUAUAAUGUUGUGUGUGCAGAGGGGGUCCUUUUACCAGUGUGGAAUCCCCAGAAUCCCUCAGUUGGUGACAAAGUGGCCCGUGCUAUUGUGUACCUAGUGGCACUAGUCUACAUGUUCUUAGGUAUGUCAAUAAUUGCUGACCGCUUCAUGACUGCCAUCGAAGUUAUAACUUCUCAAGAAAAGGAGAUCACUACAAAGAGACCCAAUGGUGAAACGGUCACCACGACAGUUCGCAUAUGGAAUGAGACUGUCUCCAAUCUGACCCUCAUGGCUCUGGGUUCCUCAGCGCCUGAGAUUUUGCUUUCAGUCAUUGAGGUCUGUGGGCACAAUUUUGAGGCUGGUACUCUUGGUCCCAACACCAUCGUGGGAAGUGCCGCCUUCAACAUGUUUGUGAUCAUUAGCAUCUGUGUCUAUGUGGUACCUGAAGGUGAACGACGGAAGGUCAAACAUCUUCGGGUGUUUUUUGUGACUGCGGCGUGGAGCAUAUUUGCCUACAUCUGGCUCUAUCUUAUCCUCUCGGUGUUCUCGCCUGGUGAGGUGGAAGUGUGGGAAGCAGUGCUGACAUUCCUCUUCUUCCCUCUCUGCGUGGUCCAGGCCUGGAUUGCUGAUCGACGAUUGCUCUUUUACAAGUAUGCUCACAAACGGUACCGAACUGAUAAGGGCCGUGGAAUUAUUGUGUCCGAGGGCGGUGAGGAGGUUGGGAAGGAGGUGGGAUUCACAAAGAUGGACAUGCUGGAAAUUGAUGGAAUCACAACACAUCUGGAUGGAAUGUUGGGAGGGGAAAGUGGGCUUGGUGAACGUGAUCAAGAGGAGGGGGCCAGGAGAGAAAUGGCCAAAACUCUGAAAGAACUGAAGCAAAGACAUCCUGACAAAGACAUGGAGCAGCUCAUAGAGAUGGCCAACUAUCAGGUGGACUACCACACAGAAGAUGGCACAGCCAAUGCCGGUUCUGACUAUGAAUUUGCUGAGGGCACACUCGUCUUCAAACCUGGCGAGAAUAUUAAAGAGAUCACCGUCGGCAUUAUUGAUGAUGACAUCUUUGAGGAAGAUGAAUACUUCUAUGUGCGCCUGAACAAUCCCCGUAUAGUCGGGUGGGCUGAUGGACAUCCUAUUACUUUGGAGACUGGAGCACCUGCUCCAAGCGCAGCCCUUGGUGAGGCCCACACAGCGACUGUGACAAUCUACGAUGACGACCACGCAGGAAUUUUCACAUUCGAAAGCGAAUCGGUGCGAGUUAGUGAAAGCAUCGGCAUCAUGCAGGUUAAGGUCCUGAGGACAUCAGGAGCACGUGGUCUGGUGGCGGUACCGUACCAUACAGUGGAUGCGACAGCUUGCGGAGGGGAAGACUUUGAGGAAGUGUCUGGAAAACUGGAGUUCCAGAAUGACGAGACAAUGAAAACAAUCGAGGUGAAGAUUAUAGAUGAUGAAGAAUAUGAAAAGAACAAGACGUUCAGCAUUGAGUUAGGAGAGCCAGUGCUACUAGAGAUUGGACAGAAACAUGGAGACUCUAAUGAGAAUAAGCCAGAGGAAGAGGAAGUAGCUAAGAUGGGAUGUCCUAGUCUGGGAGAACAUACCAGAUUGGAUGUGGUGAUUGAAGAGUCUUACGAAUUUAAGAGUACAGUGGAUAAGCUCCUUAAGAAGACUAACCUGGCUCUGGUAGUCGGCAGCAGUAGCUGGAGAGAGCAGUUUGUUAGUGCUGUGACUGUGAGUGCAGGUGACGCUGAUGAGGAGGAGAGUGGUGAAGAGCGUCUUCCAUCCUGCUUUGAUUACAUCAUGCACUUCCUCACAGUCUUCUGGAAGGUUCUCUUUGCCUUCGUCCCACCCACAGAGUACUGGAAUGGAUGGGCAUGCUUCAUUGUGUCCAUCUGUCUGAUUGGUGUCUUGACGGCGGUCACAGGCGAUCUUGCCUCCCACUUUGGGUGCACUAUUGGCCUGAAGGAUUCAGUCACCGCCGUGGUCUUUGUUGCCCUGGGGACGUCUAUCCCAGACACUUUUGCCAGUAAGGUCGCUGCCAUCCAAGACCAGUAUGCAGACGCAUCCAUUGGUAACGUGACGGGCAGCAAUGCUGUCAAUGUUUUCCUGGGCAUCGGUGUGGCGUGGACCAUAGCUGCUGUAUACUGGCGUACCAAGGGCAAACCUUUCCACGUUGAUCCAGGUUCUCUGGCCUUCUCUGUCACACUCUUCACUGCUUUGGCUGUGGUGUGUGUCAGCGUGCUGUUGUAUCGCCGGCGCCCCUCAGUGGCUGGAGGAGAGCUUGGCGGUCCACGGACUUGCAAGAUAUUGACGUCCUUAUUUUUCAUCUCCCUCUGGCUGAUCUACAUCCUGUUGGCCUCACUGGAAGCGUACUGCCACAUCACUGGAUUCUGAGGCAGCGAGGCCUCAUAUUCUUUCAGCUUAAAGAGGAAUAUAAAAAAUGGCCAGUGAAGGAGCAUUUGUUUUGUAUUAAUUAGAUAUUUAU